UGGUGGCCAUGAUGUCGACGGCGCAACGCAACAUGCUGGGCAUAUUGACAAUAUUAUUGUCAGUCAUCAUUCAACGCGUGCAGCCAAUUCUGCAACCACAAAUGCCAAUUCAAGGAGGUGUGGGUGGGGGUGGUAUGAUCAAUGGGGGCUUCUUCAAUCACCAUCAACAGGGAUUUAUGCAACCAGGCAUGCAACCGGGAUUCAUGCAACCAGGAAUGCAACCAGGCGGAUUCCUUCCACCAGGUAUACCACCAUAUUGCUUUGUACAACCGCAACUUCCACCAAUGAUGCAACCACCACCAAGCCAAGCUCUUAGCAUGAUGGUGUGUCUGGAUACCAGGUACCUCUCGAUGAUGAACCCACAAUUUGAAGCGAUGUUGAUGCAAUUCUACCAUUCACCACCACCUGGCUUACCACGUCUUUCCAUCACCAUGGGACCACCACAGGGCGGAAUUGGUGUGAUUAACAGAAUGGAUACCUCCACAGGUGACGAUGAUGAUUCCGAGGAUGAUAGUGAUUAUUACAAGCGGAAGAACUUUCAAUUGGGUGGGGAUCAAGCAGGGUUUGAUAUUGGGUUCCGGAGGGGGAUUGAGUUAGCCCCACCGGUGAAUAACAUACCAAGUGAUGAAUAUCAAGAUGAUGAUGAUGAUGAUGGUAUUGAAAGGAAGAUGUUGUUGGAUGACUCACCUCCUGACCCAAAACAACCUCAAACCUCUAAUCCACAUACUUUUGAAUCACUUUACAAACAACAACAACUUCAUCAGCAGCAGAUGCAACAACAACAACAAAAACGAAGGUUUUUCAUUACUGAUUUACAACAACAACCACCACCUACUAUGAUAUCUUCUAAUGGUCCUGGUGCUUCCCCCCCUCCUGGUGCCUAUAAUGGUGCAAUGAACAUGCGCAGAUUACUCUCGCCAUAUGAUCCCAGGUUAGGUUAACAUAACCUCAAUCUAUUUGAAUGUUUGAAUUUUUGAAUAUUUACCUUUGCAAUGUCUAUGAUACUAUAAUAUAUUAUAUCAGCAUCCCACAAUUUA